AUGCAUCUAGAUCCUAUCGAAGAGACGACGUCGUACAUGGACGGCGAGGUUAGGGAAUAUCCACAACCGACGACAAGCCCCUACAAAGCCCCAGUCGUGACACUCAUCAUCGGUCGAGAUGAAUACAUCAUCCCAGAAUUCUACCUGCGUCAAUUCCCCCAACUACGGAGAAGUCCCAAGACCUUCGAACAGGGCUACAACCCCAGUCUUAAAUUCGUGUCUAGUCUCGACGUCGACGAAGACAUCGGCCACACCCUUGUUCACUAUCUCUACACAGGCGAAUAUGAAACUCUCCGCGAUGGACCGGACCCCAGCAUCCCCAGACGAACGAUAGAAUACAGACGUAGCGCAUUUGCCUACCUGGCGGCGAGGAAAUAUGGUCUCGGCGGACUGGAGGCACAUGCGAAGCAUUACAUAGAAGUGUUCGAUCGCGAUGUGCCUACUCCAGAUAUUCUCCGCAUCGCGCGGAGUAUCUAUUCUAAGCUACCGCGAGACGAGACGUGGUUCCAGGAUUACAUACGAGUGAAGAUGGAGGACGAGUUCGAGGCCGACGAUGCGGUGUUCAAGCGAGAGUGGUUUCUCAAUGGAAUUGGACGGGAUGCGUCAUUCGACCGACUGCUCGUGCAGAUUAUGGCGGAGAUAUACUCGGAGAAGUUGGCGACAGUGAAUUUCCGGAGACUCGAGAACGGACGACAUAUUGUCCAUUCUAUGGCCAAUGGGGAUGCGGUACGCAUCUCCGAGGAAACGAUUCAUGAAGAGCCAGAGGGAGAGCCUGCGUUUGAGGAUGUCGUGCCCGAAGUCGAACCCAGCCAUGGAUACGAUGGGUCGACGGAGGACGAAGGUACCGGUGAAUACAGUGGAAAACGACAGCAACAGGCAGAGUCAGAACCAGUAAGCGAGGACUGGCCGCUGACUCCGUCGCCUCCUCCUUCUGCCUCUCCGCAUCCUACCGACGAUACCAUCGCCGUCGACGAGCAGCCUUCCUUUCCGAAACCUGAGCACAAAACUCAGCCCGAGCCCGACGCAGAGCGCAAAGAUGACGACUGGGGCGGCGCCUGGGCCCCACUCCGGAAACGGGAUAAGAAGAAGAAGAAAAACAAGAAGCUCAAGAUCGUCGAGCCGGAGACUGAACCCAGAGCGGGACAUGCCCCGACGGAAAGGUGGCCAGAGGUUCGCCACGCUACGUCGGAUGAGUCGUAUGGUUUUGGGCCGCCGACGCCCUUGAGUCCGGUUUAUGAGGAGGAAGUUCCUCUGCCGUUGAGGCCCGCUUCGGCUUCUCUUCUAGAGGGACCAAAUUAUUGA